AUGACGGCGUCGGAGCUCCGGGCGGGCGUCGCGGCGGGCGACGUCGAGACGGUCAUGGUCAUGAUGCACGACCUCUACGGCCGUCCCAUGGGCAAGCUCUUCGACGCCGACUUCUUCCUCGCCGACGCCCUGGGCCACGGCACGCACGCCUGCAACUACCUCGCGGCCGUGGACAUGGCCAUGGACCCCGUCGACGGCUACGCGGGCUUCGGCUACGCCGAGGGCUACGGCGACUUCCACCUCGCGCCGGAUCUCGCGACGCUGCGCGCGUGCUCGUGGCGCGAGAAGACGGCGCUCGUCCAGUGCGACGUGCGCGACGGCGCGACGGGCGCGCCCGUCGCCGUCGCGCCGCGGUCCGUGCUCCGGAGCCAGGUCGACGCCGUCGACGCCGCGGGCCUCGGCGGCGCGAACGUCGCGUCGGAGCUCGAGUACUUCAUCUACGCGGACUCCUACAAGGCCGCGCACGCCAAGGGCCACUCGAACCUCGAGCCCAUCGGCCAGUACGUCGAGGACUACCACCUCCUCCAGGGCGCGCGCACCGAGUUCUACCACCGCCGCGUCCGCCGUGCGCUCAAGGCCGCGGGCAUGGUCGUCGAGACGUCCAAGGGCGAGGCGGCCAAGGGCCAGCACGAGCUCAACGUGCGCUACGACGGCGCGCUGGCCAUGGCCGACAACCACGUCGUCUUCAAGCAGUGCCUCAAGGAGAUCGCGGACCAGGAAAACAUCUCCGUGACGUUCAUGGCCAAGCCGUCGGCGGACGAGCCGGGCAGCUCGUGCCACAUCCACUGCUCGCUCACGCGGCCCGACGGCUCCAACGCCUUCCUCGGCGACCGCGACCUCGGGCCCGGCGCGCGCGGCGUCUCCGACGUCUUCGCCCACUUCCUCGCGGGCUGGAUGGCGCACACGCCCGACCUCAUGCCGCGCGCGCGCCGCUCGAAGAGCUGGGCGCCGACGGCCCUCGUCUGGUCCGCCGACAACCGCACGGCGGGCUUCCGCGUCGUCGGCUCCGGCGAGGCGCUCCGCGUGGAGAUGCGCAUCCCCGGCGCGGACGCGAACCCGUACCUCGCCUUCGCCGCGGUCCUCGCCUCGGGCCUCGCGGGCGUCCGGGCCAAGCUCGAGCCGCCGGCCCAGUUCGUCGGCGACGCCUACUCGACGCCGGGCCUGCCCCUCGUGCCGACGACGCUCAAGGACGCGAGCGCGGCGUUCAAGGCGUCGGCCUUCGCGCGCGGCGCCUUCGGCGACGUCGUCGUCGACCACUACGCGACCUUCUUCGACAACGAGGUUCUCGCCUUCGAGCGCGCCGUCACGGACUUCGAGAUGCGCCGCUACUUCGAGCAGAUAUGA